AUGACGAUCCUCUACGCGCUCGUCGCCCGCGGGAAGACGGUGCUGAGCGAGUUCACGUUCACGAGCGGCAACUUCCCGACGAUCACGCGCCUGCUGCUGGGCCGCAUCGACAUGGCGCGGUCGGGGAAGAUGUCCUACAUCUACGACCAGUACGUCUUCCACUACGUCUGCGAGGAGGGCCUGCUCUACCUCUGCAUGUGCGACGACCCGGACUCGCAGAAGCGGCGCGUGCCCUUCGCGUUCCUCGAGGACGUGAAGCGGCGCUUCCUCGCCGCCUACGGCGACGUCGCGCAGACGGCGAUCGCGUUCGCGAUGAAUCUGGAGUUCAGCCGCGUGCUCCAGCAGCAGAUGGAGCUCUUCAACGGGCCCAUGGGCGACCGCCAGCAGUUCAACGCCGUGCACCAGAAGCUCGACGACGUGAAGAACGUCAUGGUCCAGAACAUCGAGAUGGUUCUAGAGCGCGGCGAGAAGCUCGAGCUCCUCGUGGACAAGACGGACCGGCUCAACACGACGGCCUUCACCUUCGAGAAGAGCUCGCGCAAGCUCAAGGAGGCCAUGUUCUGGAAGAAGGUCAAGCUCUACAUGCUCGCCAUCGGGCUCUUGGGCUUCGUCGUCUUCAUCAUCACGUGGGUCGCGUGCGGCGCGGACUUUGGCAAGUGCCGCGACGACGACGGCUCGUCGAACUCGAAAUAAUUCGCCUGGACAUGGCGAUUCGCGCGGGGGCCUUUCGACGCGCCUAGGCCGCGGCGGGCUCCUCGGCCUCCUUGGGCGCGCAGAUGGUCUCGAGGAGCGCCUCCGCGUCGCCGCCGGCCGCCACCGCGUCGAUGAGGCCCGACGCGCGCAUGAACUCCUUGUGCACGGUCUGGUGCUUGGCGUACUUGAGCACGUGCGCGACGUCGUAGUACGUCUCGAAGGGGUCCUCGAUGGCGAGGCACGAGUGCAUGGGCCAGACCUCGAGCUCCGCCUUGUUCGCCUUGGGCAUCGGGAGCGCCGUCCGCGGCGACACGACGCUGUGCUUGAAGUCGAAGGCCCACGCGAAGUGGCGGAAGAAGCCCGCGGCGAGCUCGCCGAGGGACUGCGUGUUCCGCGCGGCGACGGCCCGGAGCUGGGGCAGCGACGCGUCGCUCGGCUCGUGGAACGCGAGCUGGACGACGCGGGACGCGGAAGAGGACCUGGGCAGGAAAAGGGUGAUUCAACGUCGCUUCAACGUGAGUGUUCCGCGCGCGCGCGUUCCGAAAAAAGCAUCCACGCUUCGAGAACUUUCCGAGAGAUGAUCGCUCGUCCAAAAAUCAGCCGAAACGAGUGGAAAACGACCGAGAUAGGAGCCUUUGAAGUUGG